AAAUGGCAGCUGUGCAUUUGUUAGCAUUAACUCUUCUUUUCAUGGUGGCUACCAGGGUCCUAGGGAUCGGGGAAGAUUGUUCCGUGGCGUCAGACUGUGCUAAAGAGGAAUGCUGUCUGUCACACGGAGGACUUAAGGGCAAAAGGGAAGCCCUGGGGAGCUGUCAUGCACUGGGGCACUCUGGACAAAAAUGCUUCGUCGAGAACCGCUUCGCCUCCCACGGUGUCUAUUACUCGUGCCCAUGUGCCUCGGGGUAUCACUGUAAAGGCCAAAGGCUGAUUGAGAUCCCAUACGGCGAGACCGGGACAUGUGAGAGACGUGUGAAGUCCUGUGCUACUGGCGCCGACUGCGCAGAGGACGAGUGCUGUAUGUCGCUAAUACGGCCAAUUGGAAAACGGAAGAGGGCAAUGAACGAGUGUCGUAAACUGGGGAAUGUCAAAGACAGUUGUCUCGUGUCGUUGGGAUCGGGGAAGAAAGACCACUCGACAUUCCAGUGUCCGUGUAAGGCCUCUCUGAAGUGUCACCCUAAUGGCCAGUUUGAUAUGCCACUCGGAGCUAUGGGUUAUUGCGGAUAAAGGAGUAAGACAGCCCGUUUUAUGUUCUGUGGCCGGUUGUUCUAAAAGUGUAUUUAAAAGUCAAGUCAGAAUUAAAUCUUAAUACAAUUCUUUUGAAAACAUUCUAUCUAGUAUCUUCGUAAACGC